UACGUUGGUUGUGCGUUAAUCAUAAGGAACCCACGCGCCGUCAUCUCUGAUCACGCGCUGCCAGCAUUAGAGUUGGAGAGUGAAGGACACGCGCGGGGGAAAGAAGAUGAAUAGAGUCAUAAGGGGCGUAUUUUAUUGGUGGUGUUUCCCAAUUCAACAACCGAGGAAGGUUUCCUUGUAAAGCACGGUUCGUGAGGGGCGAAACGCUAUAAAUACCAGGAUCCUUAUUAACGUUUUCCUUUCUUCCCUUCUUCGCCGCUUUGCUUUGUUGCGCACCGUUCCGUUUCGUUAGUCCAUUUUCUUUGUUUUUUAUUUUUCCAGGUGAAUAUUAUUAUUGCGCUUUCGUGUUUCUCCCCGAAAGUACAAAUAACGCAUUGCCUUUUCCUAUUGUCUCUCUCUCUCUCUGUCCGUGUUUGGCUGCCCAUAAUAUUACCCCAUUUUUAGCUUCUGCCAAACAACAACUUGUGCCUUUUGUCUCCUUUCUUAUUUGUUUCUUUUUUAAAAUUAAAAAAAUUAGUAUAACCUAUUUUUUUGUUGGCCGCCAAACUAAAAAUAUCAGUGUUUGCGCCUUUUAAUCUGGUAUUCCUCUUCUGACUGGUGGCUUCGUUUUCGCUUUUGAAGAUAUUUAGACGAGAACGAGAAUCCGCAUUCUGAUUCUGAAGAUUCAUGACUAAUCUCAUUUCUUUCUUCCCUUGGUUUGAGCUCGUUUUUUAGGUAAAGAGCUCGGCAGUUGAUGGACUGUUACCCCAAGAGCAGUGACAAGAAAACAUUAAAGAGGUGGUUUUUUAUUGAUAAAAGAGUUGGGUGAAGUGGAAAUCCGAUAAGUAUUAGUUCAAUUGGUGCUCAAUACUCCUUAAAGUUCUUACAUUGUUGCUGGACUGUAAAUUGAUUUAAAAUCUGGAUCCCAUGGACUUGAAGUCGAAUCAUACUCCUGUUCUCACUGAUGCUGCACCUGUAACAAAGUCUAGACUGGGUGUGCAUUCCAGUUUGUUGCCUUACUCCCAUACUGGGACAACCUUUACACAUGGAAUGUUAUUGACUAUCCCGAGGAAGAAGACAGGAAUUCUUGAAGAUGUUCGUUGUAGUGGUUGGUUGGAUGCCAUGAAAUCAUCUUCACCUCCAGCCAGGAAGAUAACAAAGGAUGUUGGCCUUGGGUUUGCAUCAUCUGAUUCUGAUACUGCUGGUGCUUAUUUUAGCUGGCUGCUAAAAUACCCAUCAGCACUUACAUCUUUUGAUCAAAUCACAAACUAUGCAAAAGGGAAAAGAAUUGCGUUGUUUAUGGAUUAUGAUGGAACUCUUUCACCGAUUGUGGAUAAUCCUGACUGUGCUUUCAUGUCCGACAAUAUGCGUGCUGCUGUUAAGAAGGUGGCAGAAUAUUUUCCAACGGCAAUAAUUAGUGGAAGAAGUCGUGAUAAGGUAUAUCAAUUUGUAGGACUAACAGAACUUUAUUACGCUGGUAGUCAUGGAAUGGACAUCAUUGGCCCUGUUAGACAAUCUGUAUCUGAUAAUCACCUAAAUUGCAUUAGGUCUACAGACAAGCAGGGUAAGGAAGUAAAUUUAUUCCAACCUGCUGCUGAAUUUCUGCCCAUGAUUAAUGAGGUACUUAAUUCUCUUGAAGAGUGUACAAAAGACAUUAAAGGAGCUAAAGUUGAGAACAAUAAAUUUUGUGUAUCUGUGCACUACCGGAAUGUAGAUGAAAAGUAUUGGAAUUUGGUGGGGCAACGUGUUCAUGAUGUUCUGAAGGGCUAUCCACGUUUGCGCUUAACUCAUGGGCGGAAGGUUUUAGAGAUCCGACCUGUGAUUAACUGGGAUAAGGGCAAAGCUGUCACGUUUCUACUUGAGUCACUUGGGCUAAACAAUUGUGAUGAUGUGCUUCCUAUAUAUAUUGGAGAUGAUCGGACAGACGAAGAUGCAUUUAAGGUUUUGAGAGAGGGAAAUAAAGGUUAUGGGAUCUUGGUGUCUUCAGCACCAAAAGAAAGCAACGCAAUUUACUCUCUUCGUGAUCCAUCAGAGGUCAUGGAAUUUCUCAAGUCACUUGUGUUGUGGAAAUCAAGCACCUUAAAAAGCCUUAUAUAGUGUAUAGAGGGAGAGAAUAUACUCUGCUAUACUAUACUAUAUCAUAAAAAAAAAAACAGAUUUUUUCGAUUUUGGUUUUUCUCGGAAACAUUCCAAGAGGUUUCCUGGAGCCAGAUUUACGCACAGAAGAACCUCUUUUGGUAACAACAGCGCUGUCGCUACCCAGUUGUUUUGCUCAAAGCUCCUGUGGUAGCUGUAAAUUCGUCGCUCAUAAUUAUAAAUAUCUCAAAGAAUUAAAGAAAAAUGUGCUGAGUUUUUUUGUUUUUUGGUUUCCUCUCGUUACAAAUGUAUUGAUAUUUAAUCAUUGCUGCUUCA